AGAGGCGUCGUCGUCGGCUAAUCAGAAGGGGGCUGCUGGACAUGGAGAUGGAGAUGGAGAUGGAAAUGGCGAUGGCGAUGGACGCAUGUGCUCAUGCUUGGACAGGAAACUGAAAGCCGAGCAGAGGCAGAGGCCGAGGAAGAGGAAGAGGAAGGCACGGAGAGAGAGCGAGCGAGAGGAGGAAGAAGCAUUGAUCGCGCUCGGUGUUAAUCCAAGGUGUCGAAGGUGUCAUCAGACACACGCCCGCACGCUACCUUUUGAUCUGAUCCAAGAGUCAUAUCUCGAGAGCGAGAGAACUUUUUUUCUUUGUCGUCUUUGAGGGUCAUUGAAUACGGCGCAGGGCAGAAAAGUGGCCGACGAGAGCCGACGAGAGUUUUGCUGGUCAAUUGAUCGGGAUUCGUAAUUGCGUGCGGAAGCAGGAGGUUUUCGUUCUCUUUUCGUCUUCUCUCGCGCGGUCGUGUUUUUGUUGUUUGCGGAACGGGCGGUGAAUUCUGCUGCUGCUGCUGGUGGGGGGAGGGGCCUCUUGGGUUUGCUGCUUCCUUCGCUCCAAGGUGUUCGCUGCUGUUGUGGUAGUUAGUCGGUCCUGGGAGAGGCAGGCAGGCACGCACGCAGGCACGCAGGCUGGCAGGACGGGAGAGGGGGCGUGGCUGGCACGCGCUGAGUUGAGUUGCUGUUUGCGCUUUUCUGUGCCUUCCCUCCAUGUGUAGCAUCAUCGGGGUUUCGUUCUCGCGCAUCGGCGUUUCCGCAGUGUUGGUGUCUGUCGGGACAUAGAUUCAGUAUCCAUGCUUCUCACCGGACAGUCGAAUCUCAUCCUCAAUUCUGCUUUACUGCCCUUAACCCGAUACCGCCCGCACUUCCUUCUCUCCUGUUGACGGUGCUGGUCGAUAGCGUCCACGUUCUGAUGGGAAUUAAGCCUGGCGUCUUGUUGGCAUGAUUACUGAGCGUCCUCCUACCCCGAAUUCGGAUUGACGCAAGCUUUUGAUGUUGUCUACUUGGGAGUUCAAGAGGCAAGCCAAUUAAAAGAGCAGGGGAGCCUCAUACACGACAGAAGUCAGGGCCCCUCGCACUUGGGUCUCCACAAUGGCUCAAUAUGACCAUGAUGUUUACGACUACAUGGUCGAAGAUUAUGAUCCUGUUGACUUCGACGACGAUGAUGAUGAACUCCAGGCUGCUCGGGAGCGAGUGUCACUUGAGUCUGAUCCUGACAGUGAUGAUGAGCUGAAAAAUGCGUCAGACACAACUGCAGCUGAAGCUAGGCGUGGUAAAGAUAUUCAGGGAAUACCAUGGAGCAGAUUGCAGUUCACGAGGGAAAAAUACCGGAUACAAAGGCUGGAACUGUAUAAAAAUUAUGAGAAUUUGAAUCAAUCGCAUGAAGGCCUGGAUAAAGAGUGUAAAUCACCGUCGACAGAAGGAAAGUUUUACCAGUUUCGUUACAACACAAGAUCUGUCAAGUCAACUUAUGUCCAUUUCCAGCUUAGGAACUUGGUCUGGGCAACGUCGAAGCAUGACGUUUACUUGAUGCACUCCUUCACUGUCACGCAUUGGUCUCCUAUGACUCGAAGGGGCACGGAGGUGCUUAAUGUCCAUGGUCCGGUAAUGCCCGUGUCAGAGGCUCAAAGAAAUCCAUGGGCUUAUUCGCCCUUAGGACGUGUUCAAAUCAGCACUAUGUGUGUUAAAGACAAUCUCCUCGUAGCUGGAGGGUAUCAGGGAGAGAUGGUGUGCAAGUAUUUGGAUCGUCCUGGAGUUUCGUACUGUGCUAAAAUAACUCAUGACGAAAAUGCCAUCACCAACGCUAUCGAAAUAUAUGAUAAUGCUAGUGGUGUCACUCGGCUUAUGAGCUCGAACAAUGACUCAGUUGUACGAGUGUUUGAUUGUGAGAGCUUCUCCGUUCUUUCGAAGUUCAUGUUCCCUUGGCCAGUUAAUCAUACUUCUGUGAGCCCAGACAGCAAAGAGGUUAUUGUUGUAGGAGAUAACGCCGAUGGUAUACUCGCUGACACACAAAGCGGGAAGACUAUCGGAAAAUUGGUUGGCCAUUUAGAUUUUUCAUUCGCCUCAGCAUGGCACCCAAAUGGGCAUACCUUUGCAACAGGCAACCAGGAUACAACCUGUCGUCUGUGGGAUGCCAGGAUGCUCAAUAAAUCAGUGGCCGUAUUGAAGGGUCGUAUAGGCGCCAUUCGAUCAAUUCGUUUCACUUCUGAUGGAAGAUUCAUGGCAAUGGCUGAGCCUGCGGACUUUGUGCACAUUUUUGACACAAAGCAAGAUUACAACCAAUCACAAGAGAUAGAUAUUUUUGGUGAAGUGGCCGGAAUCUCUUUCAGUCCAGAUACUGAGGCCCUCUUUGUAGGAGUUACAGACCGCACAUAUGGCAGCUUAUUGGAGUAUAAUCGUUGCCGCACCAACACGUAUCUGGACUCUUACAUUUAGUGUUUAGUACUAGCUCCCUCAGAAGCCCUUAUUAUUCGAUAUUGGGGUCACGGCUUGCAUUCAAGCUUGCUUUCAUGGCUUUGGCCGGUCAGGGUCGGGGCCAUUUUUAGUGUUCAAUGUCGGAGUACACCAUUCUGCAUACGACGAAUAAUCACGCAUCAAACAGAUUGGAUGUCCUGGGAGUGCUAGGUAAGAGGAUUGUGAUAGGUUAGUGGAGAAUUGGAUGGGAGAGUAUAAUGUACAGUGGAUUGUGCAGACUUUGAAGGACACUUUGGAGAGCGGCUACUUUACAAGUGUAUAUAGGGUGUAAUUUCACAUCUGAAGGUGGACUUAGUCAUGCUAUUCAGUUCUUCAUCGAUCACUCCAGGCAGCAUGAUAGAUUGCGGGCGUCCGUUAAGUAAAUUCGGGACACGGUUCCGUUGUAUCAAUUUGUAUCAUUUGUCCGCAGAUGCUGAAUGUAGUGGCUGUGUUCUAUGUAAAGCUAAUGGAAUGGUCAAGAAUCAACAGAUUUUCCAAAGAAGAUCUCUUCCCUGUCAGCACUUUACAUCUGUCAGCAUAAAUAUUCUCGUCAGCAAAUACUUUCCUG